AUGUCAACCGAGAAUAAGGAAAAGAAGCAGCCUCCUGUCAUCUUAUGCAUUGGCAUGGCUGGCUCAGGCAAAACCACAUUUAUGCAGAGAAUCAAUGCUCAUCUUCAUGAAAAGAAGACACCUCCAUAUGUGCUGAAUCUCGAUCCUGCAGUCUCAUCUCUGCCAUUCACCGCCAACAUUGAUAUUAGAGAUACCGUCAACUACAAAGAAGUGAUGAAGCAAUACAAUCUUGGUCCCAAUGGUGGUAUUUUGACCAGUCUCAAUCUCUUUACAACCAAGUUUGACCAGGUGCUUAACCUUGUUGCUAAGCGUGCCGAGAGUGUCAGUAACAUUCUCGUCGACACACCUGGACAGAUCGAAAUCUUUACAUGGUCAGCAUCUGGUGCAAUUAUCACUGAUACGUUAGCUGCAUCUUAUCCAACCAUGAUUGCCUACAUCAUUGAUACGCCUCGCACCACAUCACCAGCAACCUUCAUGAGCAACAUGUUGUAUGCCUGUAGUAUUCUCUACAAGACCAAGUUACCGUUCAUCUUGGUGUUCAACAAGACUGAUGUUGUAUCACACGAUUUUGCAGUUGAAUGGAUGACUGAUUUCGAAAAGUUCCAAGAAGCACUUAGCCAGGAUACCACCUAUAUGAGCAGUUUGAUGUCAUCUAUGAGUUUGGUCUUGGAUGAGUUCUACAACCAUCUCAAAGUGGUGGGUGUUUCUGCUGUAACCGGUGCUGGUAUUGACGAAUUCUUCCAAGCUGUCAGUGAGGCUGCUGAUGAGUACGAAGUCGAAUAUAAACCUGAAAUCGAAAGAAUGAUCCGUGAAAAGAUGGCCAAAGAAGAAAAGAACCGAGAGAAGCAAUUGAACAAGUUGAUGAAGGAUAUGAAGAUGUCAAAGGGCUCGGAAGUCUCAUUAAACAAAGAUCACAAUUUAGAGGAUGAUCGAUGGGACGAUGCUGAAGCCGAGGAAGAGGAGGCUGAGGAUUAUGAAGAGGACGAUGAUGAGUACGAUAGCGACCAAAACCCACUGCCAAGUGCUUCCAAAUAUCCUCCUUCAAAAGCUCAGCGAGAAGAAGAUGAAAAGUUUAAAACCUGGUUAUCUCAUACAAAGGAUAGCAUGUAA